AUGUCAAAACUGUUUAAUAAAACAAAACUAGUACUAGAAAAUAGAACACCUUUAUCAAAGGAUAAGAGUUUUAGGAAUGAAAAUUUUAAUAAAACAACCAUACCUGUAGAUUUUAUUGAUCGAUCUGGUAAAUCAGAGAAACAAAUCAAAAGAGAACAAUAUAAACUGUUAAAGAAUAAGAAACCAAAAUCAAAAAUCACCUUUCAAGCCAAAGAUAGAAAUUAUUAUAAUGAUGACGAUAUUAUAGCCAAUGAUAUUAAUAUUAAUAAUGACAGUUAA